UUCUUCUCUCUAUAUAUAAGUGUAAUAAUCUUGUCUUCAAUUUAGCAAACCACACCAAUUUCUCUAUUUAUACCCUCAAAUAUCAAGCAAGCAAUCGAAUUUCUCAAUCUUUACCCACCAAUUUCUUCACAAGGAUUUUCAAGACUCAUAGGCUGUGUUAAACUUGUAUGGGUUUAUCGAUUUCGUGCCCGUUCGCAGCCUGUACAGAUUUGGAAACCAGUUUGUCAUUCAAUGGUUUUCAAGAAGGUGAUGAAGCUAAAACUUUGAUCAAAUCAGAAGAAGAAGAAGACCGGCCCGAAUUAAGCCCUAAACAUGAGGCAGCUACCAAGUUACAAAAAGUGUAUAAAAGCUUUCGAACACGACGAAAGCUGGCUGAUUGUGCAGUUCUAAUUGAACAAAUCUGGUUGCGAGUAUUGGAUUCUGCAGAACUCCAAAGGAGUUCCGUAUCGUUUUUCGAUAUUGACAAACAUGAAUCCGCUAUAUCGCGUUGGGCCCGAGCAAGAACAAGAGCCGCCAAGGUUGGAAAGGGAUUAUCAAAGAAUUGUAAAGCACAAAAGCUUGCAUUGCAGCAUUGGCUUGAGGCAAUCGAUCCAAGACAUCGUUACGGGCAUAAUCUUCACUUUUACUACCUAAAAUGGCUGCAUUCUCCAAGCAAAGAACCUUUCUUUUACUGGUUGGAUAUCGGCGAAGGUAAAGAAGUGAAUCUUGUCGAUAAGUGUUCAAGAUCGAAACUUCAACAACAAUGCAUCAAAUACCUCGGCCCGAUGGAAAGGAAACAUUAUGAAGUAGCGAUCGAAAACGGGAAACUUUUUUACAAACAAAGCGGGGAGUUGAUCGAUACAACGGGUCAAACAAAAGGUGCUAAGUGGAUCUUUGUUCUUAGUACCACCAAGACAUUAUAUGUCGGUAUCAAGAAAAAAGGUUACUUUCAACAUUCAAGUUUUUUGUCCGGAGGGGCUGCAUUGGCUGCUGGGAGAAUAAUUGCUGAGAAAGGUGUUCUCAAGGCAGUCUGGCCUCACAGCGGUCAUUAUCGUCCUACAGAAGAAAAUUUUCGAGAUUUCAUUUCGUUCCUACAUGAAAAUGAUGUGGAUACAUCUAACGUAAAGGUAGAUUCAAAUGAUGACGACGAUAAAGAAUAUUAUGGCAAACAAACUAGUAUAACCCGUGAAAGUAUCCCCUCAUCCGAAGAAGACAAUAGGUCCGAAAAACCCGUUGAGGAGAUACGAAAGCCGAAGUUAAGUGUUCUUGAAAUCCCGAAAAACAACGAUUUGUUUGUGAGUUUCAAAACUGAGAAUCAAACAACCGAAACCGUGUUAGAUUGUUACUCAGACGAAGAACACGAAUCGGAGAUCGAAGAUAAAGUUUCUAAAGAAUCUAUCUUUCAAAGAAUCGAUUCACAUAAAGAAACACAAUCGUUUAAACUCGGAAGACAGGUUUCAUGCAAAUGGAGCACAGGAGCCGGACCAAGAAUCGGUUGUUUACGCGAUUACCCUUCGGAGCUACAAUCACACGCGUUAGAAGAAGCGAAACUUUCUCCAACAAGUUUGGAGUCUUUUAAUAGACGAAACAAUUGCACAUACAGAACACAACCGUCCCCUUUGAGCGCAAGAUCAAUGAAUUUCCCUUUGAGCGUGAGAUCGAUGAAUUUGGUUGUAUAAGGUGGUUUACAGAUUUGUCUGAUUGAUCUGUAACUUUAUAGUGUUUGUAGUAGAUUAACAUAGGUAUUUUAGGCAUUCUUUUGUAGUUUAAAUGCUUGAAUCAUAUGUAUAGAUCUAAAUUUGUAAAGAAGUUGUAGAUUUACAUGAGUAUUCAUUGAAAAUACUCUUUUUUUUUUACCAUUAAAUGAAAAAAAGAUUCAAUUUUUGUGGUC